UUAAAAACAUCCAUUAUUUUUGAAUGACAAGGCUACAAAUGUGUAUUUUUAAUAAAAUUUUCAGAAAAAAACUAUAUUCAUGAUUUUCCGUUGAAAACAAAGAAGUGACUCAUAUAGUAAAUAUCUGAAGGGGACUCACUCAAUUAUUGAUUAGUUUUCAAUUCUCCUCGUAAUGGCAACACGACAGGCGAAAGUGUUGUAUGAUUUUGAUGGAGAGUCAGGGACAGGAGAAAUAUCUAUCAGGGAGGGAGAAAUCGUUGUUAUUACCAGAACAGAUGUCGGAGAGGGCUGGUGGGAGGGUAGAAAUUCCAGUGGAGAAACUGGACUUUUUCCAGAGGCUUAUGUAGAAGAAACUUUUGGGUCUGAUGCACCCCCCGCCAUAGCUCCACCCCCUCUACCACAGGAUUAUAAUACCCCUGCUCCCGGUCAGCUGGGUGGAACAGGAAUAUCUCCUGUUGAAGAAUGGUCAGCUGAUCCUUGGAGCUUUCCAGGUCCUAAACCUGGAGAUCAUCAACAGGUUCAACCUCAACCCCCUCAACAACAGCACCAGCAGGAGUGGGGGGAUGUAAGAAACUCUAAUGUCAGCGUCACUGUUGAAAUCAUAAUCAAAAUAUUAGAUCCUCCUCAGUUCACUGGUCAAGUCCAGCAGUUUAAUUCAAAUCAACAGGGUGGAGGCGGACAUCUAGGUAUUCCUGGAACAUCGCAUAAUGCUGGGAGUACAGGAGAUCUUAGUUCCGUAGGACGACAAGACGGGAAAAAGAUGUCAACCACCGGAAAGACGAGUUUCAACAGAUUUUCUAUGUUUGUUAAAACCGGAAGUGAGAAUUAUAUCCUCGGGAAGAUGAAUAUUCCUGUUCCAGACAAUGAAUAUAUUAUGAUACUGGAGGUAGGGGAGAAGAGGUAUAGAUGGUUGGCCCCUACUAACCCCUACUCCUGUAUAGUAGCGUCCCCUAAGAAGGAUUCAAAGUUUAAGGGACUGAAAAGUUUUAUUGCAUACCAGCUCACACCUAGCUUCAAUAAUAUCCAAGUAUCGAGGAGGUAUAAACACUUUGACUGGUUACAUGAACGUCUCUCCACCAAAUAUUUUUAUAUUCCAAUUCCUCCUCUUCCAGACAAGCAAAUUCAAGGAAGGUAUGAGGAGGAAUUUAUUGAACACAGGCUGAACCAACUUCAGAGCUUUGUAGAUAGAAUCUGUAGACACCCUGUACUCUCACAAUCCGAGGUUUGGAUGCAUUUCUUGACCUGUACAGACGAGAAAAGAUGGAAAUCAGGGAAACGAAAAGCAGAAAAAGAUCCUUUAGUUGGAGGAGGUAGUUUUCUGACCUUGAAACCUCCAGAGAAAAGUUUGGAUGCCGAGUUUGUUGAUAAUGAAACACAGACGUUCUCUCAGUUUUCUCUUCAUUUUGAUUCUGCAGUCAAAAAUCUAGCAAAGGUAGCAGCUGAUCAAACAACAAAGUUCCAAAAUGAUUAUAAGCGUGAGUUUACUGUUAUAGGCAGAUCAUUCAUCCAGCUUGGGCAGGCUAUGGAACAGGACGGAGGCAACUACAGUCCAGGUUUAAAUAGUGCAGUUCUUCAUACAGGAGAAACCUACGAGGAACUGGGGAAACUAUACGAGGAACAGCCAAGGUUGGACUGGGAGCACCUAGCAGAUAUGAUGCAUGAUUACAAAGGUCUUUUAACAGGGUUUCCACAGAUUCUUCAUGUUCACUCUGGUUCAGUUGGAAAACAACGUGAGGUAGAAGCUGACCCCAAGGUUGGACCAGCUGAAGCUGCUUCAGUCAAACUAAGAUCAGAUGCUGUAUCCUACGCUCUUCUUGCUGAGAUGAAUACCUUCCAUGAGCAGCGUGUAAAAGACCUGAAGUCUUCUCACCAACAGUUCCUUAAAGAACAAAUCAAGUUCUACCAGAAGGGGGAAUGGAUUGGUGACAGUGAUUUCUCGAAGGGACCAGGAAACUUCGGUCUCUGGUCUUGGUGUACAGACAGCCAAGAUGGCCGGGAGAUUUGUCGGGGCCGUCUGGACGAUUUCUCGUCGAUCCUGUCACCAGCUUUCCGAGCAGCGACCGUUUUCGUUGGUAUCGCAGUAAUCAUAAUCCUGAUCUGUAUCCUGGCUAUGGUACUCUUCCUUAUGUGCAGUCCUGGAGAUGUUUUUAAGAUCUGUGGAACUAUGCAGCUCCUUUCAGGUAUAUUCAUUGGUAUAUUCCUAGGUACAUAUUCUUGGUAUAUUCCUUCGUACAUUCCUAGGUAUAGUCAUUGGUAUAUUCCCAGGUUUAUUCCUGGGUAUAUUCUUUGGUAUAUUCCUUGGUAUAUUCCUUCGUACAUUCCUAGGCAUAUUCCUAGGUUUAUUCUUGGGUAA